AUGUUCGUUAAUACUCCUGAUCUGUCUAAUUGUAUGAAUUGCAUAAUAGCUCCAUUAAAUGGAGUUGGAGGUAUUUACUUAGGAAAUAUUGAUGCUGCUUAAAAUCCAGAUAAUUUAAUUAAAUAUUAAAUAGGAGCUGUACUUUCUGUUAUUGAUUAUCAAGUAUAAAUCAAAGGUGUAUAAAAAAUAGUAUAUAAUUCUAAUAUAUAUAGUGGAUAAUGGCAGAAGAUACUGAUGAUUUUCCCUUGUACAAAUAUUAUGAUUAAUCUAUUAAAUUCAUAGAUAUUUAAACUCUAAGAACUAAUGUUCUAAUUCAUUGUUAAAAUGGAAUUUCUAGAUCUGCAGCUAUUUGUGCAGUCUAUAUGAUGCAAAAAUAUUAAUUAAGUCUUAAUUAAACUUUGCAUCAUAUUUAAUAAUGUAGAAGAUUAGUUAGUCCAAAUCCAGGUUUCAUUAAAUAACUUAAAGACUUUGAAUAAAAGUUCAAUCCAAAAGAUAAAAGAAAACGUGGUUCAAUAAUUAUGGAAAUGAAUAAUAAAUCACGUCGUAGCUCAGUUGAAUUUGAUAACAAUAGAAUAACUUAUAUUAAAAGUUCAAUAACAAAUUCAAUUUUAAAUUAAUCCAAUUAAAAAGAUAAAUUAAGUGACUUUAAUUAUAAAUUAAAUAAUUAUAUGCAUUAAUGGAAAAUAAGGGAAAGAGCUCAUUGA